CCCGGCGGGGAGCGCAGUGAAGGGGGGUGGGACCUGAACAUGGCGGCGGUGGUAGCUGCUACGGCGCUGAAGGGCCGGGGGGCAAGAAAUGCCCGCGUCCUCCGGGGGAUUCUCUCUGGAGCCACAGCUAACAAGGCUUCCCAGAACAGGACCAGAGCACUGCAGAGCCACGGCUCCCCAGAGUGCAAGGAGGAGCCUGAGCCCCUCUCUCCUGAGCUGGAAUACAUUCCCAGAAAGAGGGGCAAGAACCCCAUGAAAGCUGUGGGACUAGCCUGGGCCAUCGGCUUCCCCUGUGGUAUCCUCUUCUUCGUCCUCACCAAGCAGGAAGUGGACAAGGACCGUUUGAAGCAGAUGAAGGCUCGGCAGAACAUGCGGGUGGCCAACACGGGCGAGUAUGAGAGCCAGAGGUUCAGGGCUCCCUCCCAACAAGCCCAGUUCCCUGAAGCUGGGUCUGGGGUACAGAACUGAGUGAGGAUCACUGCAGCCUUGUACUAGACCAUUAACUGGAGUCCUGUGUAGCUGACUGUGGACAUUUCCCUUGAGGCCCACCAGAGGGCGCAUGAUGCUCAAGCUGCGGCCAGCACCCACCUCUUUCUUCAACACAGAGGAACCAGCCAAAAGCUAAUAAAGUUAUUAAAUACUGGCA